GCAUGAUGCCGAUGCAGCAUCCAAUAGCUGGUGAGAGAAUGCAGGGAGCUGGGGAAGAGUUUGAUAGUUCCAUAUGAUGAUCGAUAUUCCUUCCUGAUCUCCUUACCCUUUUCUUUCCUCUAUCGAGACCAUCUGCUCCCGCGUCGAUCAACUCCAAUUGUUACGCGCUUUUCGUUAACGGGCGGUAGCCCUAUCGUGCAUAUCCCAACCCAGCAAAUGUGGCUUUAAAUGCUUUCCACGGGUUUAUUAUAUAUAAUACUUCGGUUCAGAGAGGAAGAGGGGAGGUGAGCCGAAAGGAUACAGCACGGAGAAUCGAAUUCAGACCUCUUCUAAUUUUCUUGGAACACACGAGAGCAGCUUUGAUAAUUUUUAUACAAAAAUCACUAUCAUUGAGGUUACGGAAAUACAAGCCACGAUGCUGCCAGAAUGGCACUCAGUAGCUUCGUUGGUGAAGCGCAUCUAUAUGCCGAUUGUUGCCUCCACUACACCAGCGGAAAUUGCUGAAAUGCAGCAAGAUGCCUGGUCUCAAGCCGGAAAAUAUGGACAUGGCUGGGUUUACUUCUCCGUGGUGCUACUCGCUAUCUCAACGAUAGUCCGGUUCUAUCACUUUUGGGGUGACAAAAUCAGAAUCGCACUGUAUAAAGAGGAUGCAGUUGCAACAUCGCCAUACAUCGCCUCACCACAAGAUGAAUAUGAGCUGCCAAGUGCUGCCACUGACAGCUCAACUGCGCACUUCUUCCCAGCUCGUGGCCCUCUACCUAGUAUUGGUACCACAAAGCAACAGUCGUCAAUUUCCACCAUUGCACCACUAAACAACACCAUUGCUUUCGUUCGAUGGAUCUUCUAUAGACCCAUUCCAGUGCUACGUCUAGGAAAACUAUGUAUUAGGUUUCCAUCUCUGGGGGCAACCUCAAUUAUAUUUGUGGCCUUAGUGUUCGUCAUUCUUUAUUCUUUUGUCCCGCAGCCCCUCUACUACUCUUCCAUUUCAGUUGGAUCUCCUCCACUGGCAAUUCGUGCAGGCAUGAUCUCCGUGGCUAUGAUUCCCUGGAUCAUUGCGCUCAGUACUCGUGCCAACUUCAUUAGUCUUUUAACUGGUGUUAGCCAUGAGAGGCUUAAUGUUCUUCAUCGUUGGGCAGGCUACCUCUGCCUACUCCUAAGCCUGAUCCAUAUGGUUCCGUUCUAUGCUACUCCCAUCUGGGAAAGUAAAAAUUUCAUGUACUAUCAGAAAUACUUUCCUCAAAAUAUCUACAUCUAUGGCACAGGCUGGGCGGCACUGGCACCUCUCAUAGUUCUAUGCCUUCAUUCUCUGCCGGUACUCCGAGCUUGGAUGUAUGAGCUCUUCAAGCUUGUACACCUACCCCUUUCAGUCUUGUUUCUUGCCAUGGUAUUUUGGCACACAAAGAACUUCUUGGCAUCAUGGGAUUACCUCUGGGCCACUGUUGCAAUCUGGGUACUUUCCUACGCAGUUAGGCUGUUUUAUGUCAAUUGGAGCAACCCCUUGCGGCUAUCCUUCUUGAUUGGCGAAGAAUGCGCCGUGACUUUCCUCCCACAGAAUGCUAUCAAAGUCACGGUUGCGACUCAGAUGAAAUGGAAACCAGGCCAAUUCGUUUACCUUCGCAUGCCAGGCAUCUCCAUCUUCGAACGUCAUCCUUUCACAAUUUCCUCGCUGUGUAGUGGCGAUUUCCCGUCUGAAUAUGGCGAGCACUACCGCGAUUUGUCUCUCGUUUUCCGACCCUUUGGCGGCUUUACCCGAAAAGUUUUCUUGAAGGCUUUCGAGUAUGGCCCAUACAAGACCUGGACAGCGUUCUUAGAGGGCCCGUACGGGGGGAUGAAAAGAGACAUGGCCGCCUUUGAGGAUGUGGUCUUCUUCGCAGGCGGAAGUGGCAUCACUGCAACUGCCAGUCACCUCUUGGACUUGAUCAAGAAGAUGCGAGACAGAAGAGCAGUGACCAAGUCGGUGCGGGUCAUCUGGGCAUUCAGAAACCCAGAGACCAUCGAGUGGUUCAGAGAGGAACUGAGAAUAUGUAGAGACUUCGCGCCCCCCAACACAGUGCAUUGUCAUUUCUAUCUCACGGGAGUCGACCAGCACAACCAGGACCAGCUGGUCCAAAAUCAGUUCUACCAGGAGAUGCUCAAGGAGAAGAUGAACGACACAAUCCAAGGCAUGGAUAAGCGUAACUCUGCGUUCAUCCGCGAGGAAGCAGCCGGGGACCCGGAAUUUGAAAAGGAGCUGCGGCGUGAGAAUGAAGAUGCCAUUACUGCGCUUCCCCAGGCAGCAUACAUCCUACCGCGCAUUAAUACUAGCAGGCACUUUAACAAUGCCGUUGACCCUAACUAUCAGACUUCGCCGCAGUCUGUGGCCCAGAAGAGUCCGGCAGAUUCUGCGCUCGACCUCGGCUCUUCUCGCUUAUCCAUGGCGUUUCCUAAACUAGCUACCCGGGUUACGUCCGUUCCACUGCAGAGAAGGAAUGGCUGGCGACUUGAUUACGCCCGUCCUGAUAUUCCGCAGGUGCUCAAGGACUACUCUCGGGCAUUUGGUCGUCGUGCCUGUGUCUUUGUCUGUGGGCCUCCUAGUAUGAGACUCGAAGUUUCGAAUACCGUUGCCCAGCUUCAGCAGCAGGUUCUGACUGACUCGUCGAAGGACGAGAUCUUCCUGCACGCUGAGAAUUACAAUGUCUGAUAGAUUUGGGUUAUAUGUUUUGUCUGAAUGGUCUCGCGAUUGCAGACAUCACUCAUCCCAUUGGUGAAGCCCUAAUGAUCGUUUAUGGACUGGAAGCGACAUGCCGAACUUGUACAGUUGCAUAUUUGAACAUAACUGUAUAUGAAAGUCAUUUAUUAAAUAGCAUCUUUGGAUAUACAUGUUCCUUUCUCUAUUCAUGAC